CGUAUCACGCGGUAUCCGCCAUCUGUAUUUCUAGUUCCUGGCCAAUUAGACGCUGUUCGGAGGGCGUCCCGACAGCCAAUUGGACGAGGGCCAUCGCCGCGGCAAGCCGUUUUCGGAACCUUUCUGAAAAUUUUCGGCGGGGGAGGGGAGCAUCCAUAGCAGAAGACUACUAGUAUUCUUAAAUGGAUUCCCUGACUCACUCCUCUUCUCGUCCUCUUCGUCUCCUAUAUACCCUUCUGAUAUUAAUUAUCCGUCAAGUUGCUACCUGAGCUCUUCUCAUUAUCCACCUCCACCAUGGCAUCUCAACAGAAUGGCACCAAUGGGGCUGCUGCCUCCAACGAUUUCACCGUCAAGGCCGGUCUGGCCCAGAUGUUGAAGGGCGGGGUCAUCAUGGACGUUGUCAAUGCCGAACAGGCUCGCAUUGCUGAAGAAGCCGGUGCUGCUGCCGUCAUGGCCCUCGAACGAGUCCCCGCCGAUAUUAGAGCGCAAGGUGGAGUGGCCCGCAUGUCGGACCCGGGCAUGAUCAAGGAUAUCAUGAAUGCUGUCACCAUCCCCGUCAUGGCCAAGGCCCGUAUCGGCCACUUUGUUGAGUGCCAGAUCCUCGAAGCCAUUGGUGUUGACUACAUCGAUGAGUCUGAAGUCCUCACCCCGGCCGAUAACCUCUACCAUGUCACAAAGUCCAACUUCAAGGUCCCCUUUGUCUGUGGCUGCCGGAACCUGGGGGAGGCCCUCCGCCGUAUCUCCGAAGGUGCUGCCAUGAUCCGGACCAAGGGUGAAGCCGGUACCGGAGACGUUGUAGAGGCUGUCAAGCACAUGCGGACGGUCAACGCAGAAAUUGCUCGUGCCCGCGCCAUCCUUCAGUCCUCAGCAGACCCCGAACCUGAGCUGCGCGCCUACGCCCGUGAAUUGGGCGCUUCUUAUGAACUCCUCCGUGAGACCGCUGAGAAGGGUCGUCUACCCGUGGUGAACUUCGCUGCAGGUGGCGUAGCUACUCCAGCGGAUGCGGCACUGAUGAUGCAGCUCGGCUGCGACGGUGUGUUUGUCGGUUCCGGUAUUUUCAAGUCUGGCAACGCCAAGGACCGUGCCCGUGCCAUCGUCCAGGCCGUGACUCACUACAAGGACCCCCAGGUCCUGGCUAAGGUUAGCGAGGGACUGGGCGAAGCCAUGGUGGGCAUCAACGUCUCGCGCAUGGAUGAAGCUGAUAAGCUUGCAAAGCGGGGGUGGUAGAUAACAUGCCCUUUCUCAUUUCUUUCAACCCGUCAGUCUGUACCCUUUUUCAUUUUUAUUUUAUUUUUUUUUUGGCAACCUGUAGAUUUGCUUAUGCGUUCCCUGGUCAUUUCGAACACCGUCAGCCAGAAGCGCAAAAAGUGAUCUUGUUUGUGUAUUAUGAUGCCAUGAACAGAUGAAACGAGCAUAAUCAGCGCAUUUGAUGUUGCAUGGAGGGGAUAUAAUUGAAUUUACACCAUGCUCCAAGCUUGUCAUAUUUGGCCGAUAUUCUGAUGAAGUGACAUGGUUAUCCAGGAGUUCCAGCGUAGAUAAUAGAUGACUUGGCGCCUUUAAUGACUGCUAUUUUUAGAGCACCGUAUGGAGUACAACAGCUCCAGCCUCUCUCCUUUUCAGCUCAUUUCCAC